GGCACCGGCUAGUCUUACUUAGAUAUUACACCUAUCACACUUCUUUUCUCAGUAGAUUUCAUUCCGUGGAUCGUUUACAAUGAAGUGAAACGUAUUUUUUGGAGAAAACGUGUGUACCUUAUUUUUGGUGAAGUGAUUUAGUGAGUAAAUAAUUUUUUUUUGUGAAGAUCGAGAGUCAAAUUUUGACUUAUUAACCAAUCAUUCAAAGAAUCCUACAGUUCCUGAACAGCCUGCGGUCUCCAGCAGAUUUUCGUGAUUUUUGAAACACUUCCAAGUUUUACACUACAUAAAACGAAGUUUACCUACCAUUUGUUUACUUACACCUGAUUCUACUGCUGGAGAAAUACGCCACAUAAAAGAACGUACAUCGUCGUCGAACAAUAUGGGUUGGAUAUUCAGCGAAUGGUGUCGAAGUCAAGCAAGACUGGACGGCAAAACGGUAGUAAUUACAGGAUGUAACACCGGUAUUGGAAAAGAAACGGCGCGAGAGUUCUAUAAACGAGGUGGUAAAGUGAUCAUGGCUUGUCGUAAUAUCGAAAAGGCCGAACAAGCUGCAGAAGAUAUCAAGAAAGUGUGCCAAGGGUUACCAAAUUUAGGAGAAUUGAUCAUCAAAGAGCUGGAUCUCGGUUCGUUGGAAUCGGUUCGAAAAUGCGCCGCUGAAAUACUCGAAACUCAGUCUGCUAUUCAUUUAUUAGUAAACAACGCCGGUAUAAUGGCGUGUCCAAAAUACUUUUCGAAAGACGGCUACGAAUUGCAAUUCGCUACAAACCAUUUGGGACAUUUUCUAUUCACAUUGUUGCUCCUACCACGAAUCAUACAAUCAGCGCCGGCUCGAAUUGUCAUCUUGUCUUCAUCGGCUCACGCAUAUGGAGAUGGUAAAAUGCACCUGGAUGAUAUUAAUUUAGAUAAAGGAUAUUCGCCUUCCAACGCAUACUGCCGAUCUAAAUUAGCAAACGUAUACUUUGCUGUCGAAUUAGCCCGCAGAUUGGAGGGUACCGGAGUCAACGUUUACUCGCUUCACCCAGGCGUAAUUAAUACAGAACUAGGUCGCCACAUAGAAGAAUCCCAUCCUUGGUUGUCAGCUAUACUUUUGCCCAUUGCUAGAUUAUUCAUCAAAACACCCAUUCAAGGCGCCCAAACCACAUUAUAUUGUUCGCUAGAUGAAAAAUGCGCCAACGAAACUGGCCUUUAUUACGCAGAAUGCGCCGUGAAAAAAGCACAUCUCAGGUCAAAAGCUGACGAAAAAGCUAAACAAUUAUGGGACGAGAGUAUCAAACUUGUCAACUUGCAGGAUUAUAACCCAUUUCCGAGUACAUCGACCUAAAAAGAUCGAAAUAUAUGCGAAUACUCUGCUGUGUAAUCUAUGUAUUAUUUAAAAAUUACGUUUUACCAUUUAAAUAAUGUAAUUUUUUUUUACUCAUUAUUCUAUUUAGCGUCUUUUUCUUCUUCUUUUGUGUGUGUGUGAUAAAUAUACUUAUAGUUGAAUAAGAGUUGAAAAUGCUGUACACAACAUUUCAUUUGUGAAAGAUACUCGUAUAAGUGCACAAAAUAUGUAAUUUUUGUGUUCAUUUUGCUAUUCAUUGUUUAAAAAAAAUACAAUAAAAAAUUCAGGAAUGUGUAAAUAAUGCAAAA